AUGGUCAUAUGCAAGCAGCCGGGGAUCGGGGCGGCGGUACCGCCGCAUCGGGAUAGUGAGUUUUUGUAUACGGAUCCGCCGAGUGCGGUGGGGUGGUGGAUUGCGUUGCAGGAUGCCGGUGGCAAGAAUGGGGGGUUGGGGUUCUGGAGGGGGAGUCACAAAAGGGGGUUUGUGAGGAGGAGGUUUGUGAGAUGUGGGGGUGGUGAGGCGGGGACGGAGUUUGUGGAGUGGCAGGGGCGGGGGUUGGCGACGGAGUUGGUUGAUGGGGAAGAAGCUGUGGAGGAGGCAGACCCGUAUACUCCGCGCGAAGAGGAUUUUGAGAUCUUGGAUGUUAAGGCGGGGUCGCUGGUGCUUAUUCAUGGGAAUGUGCUGCAUAAGAGUGGGAGGAAUACGAGUGGGAAGAGUCGGUUUGCGUAUACUUUUCAUGUUAUUGAGGGGGCGGAGGGGUGGGGGUAUGAUGAGCGGAAUUGGCUGCAGCCGCCGGAGGGUGGAGAGGGGUUUACGAGGUUGUUUGGGUGGGAGUAUUGUGGGGAGAAUGCAGAGAAUGGAGAUGCGAGGGAAGGGGGAGGAGGAAGGGGAUGA